AUGAAAUCUAAGGCUGGAUUGAAUAGCCUGGUAGCAGCUGAGCUUAGCUGGACUGGAGCAUGUUACAACACAGACGUAAAAGACCCAAAUCCAGCACACAGAUCGAUCAUGGCGGACUGGGCGUCGCUUCUACCGGAGCUUGUCCAAGGCAUCGCCGACCGCGUCCUCUCCACCACUGGCGGCGUUGACACGUACAUGGACAUGAGGGCCGUCUGCCCUAAAUGGCGCUCUGCCAUCACCAGGCCAUCUCCCUUCGCCGCGGUCGCUGACCUCCGUUUCCGCCCACGUGACUGGGUCAUGAUCGACCUCACAAAUGAGAACUACGACGACAAGGAUGGCUGCCUCUUCCUUCACGUCCCCACUGGGCGCUUCCGCCGCCUGCGCCUUCCGGUGCUCCAAGGCCACCUACUCGUUGGUGUUUCCGAUGGUCUCCUCGUGCUCGGGAACAGGGAGCCCCCGCAUUCGGUUUGUGUCCUCAACCCCUUAACAUACGACAUGCUCCACUUUGCGGCGCCGUUAGAUAAACAUUUUAAGGAUGUACUUGUAAUGUAUACCGUGGUGAGCGUUGGCUUUGGUUCGACCCUGGUGCUGUGGACGGAGGGAAAGAGCAGGGUUCUAUGUGCUCAUCCAACCAGCGAUGUCUUUACAGAGAAGGAUAUUUGCAGGAGCGACAUUAGCAUGGUUACCUCCCAAGGCAAUGUCUAUUAUGCCUGUCCGGAUGGAUGGAUAUUCAAGAUUGUCGGACCAGCGGAGCAGUGUUAUGAUGAUGAGCUCGUAGCCCAGAUGUCACCGGACGUGGACCUCUAUUUAGAGGAGCAAUACGGCACACGGUCUGAACUCGUGGAGUCUGACGGGGAACUGCUGCUUGUACGCCAUGAAAAUAAUCUAGCUUUGAAAGUUUUCAAGGUCCACAUCGAGCACAAGUUGUUGGAGGAGGUCAAGAGCCUUGGUGGCUACCGUGCGUUGUUCGUUGGCAACCAGCGGUGUGUGUCUGUGGACGCGAAUAAGAUUCCGUCGGUUGAUGGUGACUGCAUAUACAUGUCUCAUUGGAUGUCUCAUUCGCUGGGUGACAAUAAUCUAGCUUCAGAAGACGACGGGUUUGCCAUGUGUGGGCAUAACAUAAGGGAUGGUACAAUGAAGAUUAUCGCGAGCGAACCAAUGCUCCAUAUCCGCCCUUUCAGCCUUGUCCAGGUUCUCUUGCAGUAAAUCUCUUGAGUCAUCAAGGUUAUGUAAACGAACCUGCUCUUGCAUUGGUGCUAC